AUGAGUGAAGUAUCCGGCUAUCCUGAUUCAUCCCAUGAUGUAUACAUCCUCAGCAAUUCCUCCCUGUCUGCAAUAAUUCUUGUGGGACAGAUGCCAGAGCGAUGGUUGUUGUGUAAGAUACCAAUCAAUUAUGGAGCCACUGACCCUGUCCUAAAUGACAGACAAUUAUAUCCAACGUUUUCCCGGAUUGUCCCAGAUGAUCUGGACCGUUUUGCAGCUGUUGUUAAGUGUCUGCUACAUUUUGGUUGGAACUGGGUUGGAGUCAUUACACCAAAUGAUGGUAGUGGGGACAUCGAAUUACUGGAACUGAGUAAACUGAUGAGCCAGCAUGGGAUCUGCAUUGAGUUUAUCAUUAAACUUUCCUUUGAUUUAGACGUUAAUAGAAAGAAACUUCAGGAGAUGAAACAUUUUACAGCUAGAAUUAUUCGGAACUCUAUGAGAAACCUUCAUUACACAGAUCCCACUGGAGAAGAGAUGACCUUCAAUGAAAGAGGAGAUCUGCCCUCUAAGUGGUUAAUGGAAAACUGGGUUAUAUAUAAAACUAAUACAUCAUAUGAAUUUGUUGUAAAGCCUGUGACCAUCUUUGACGAAUCACAAGAUGACCAGGUUUAUAAUAUCAAAGCAGGAGAAAUCACAUGGAAAAAUGGCAUGCAUCAAAUCACACAGUUUUCUGACACCCUGACACUUAGUUCAGUGUCGGGAGCUGAUGCAGAUAUGUUAUUUACCCUGUACUUGUCCUACAUUGUCUUUGACAAUAGUGAGAUCUGCCAUAGAUGUCCUGAUGAAGAGUGGCCGGAUGAGAGAAGAGUGAGAUGUGUACCCAAAAUAUAUGACUUUCUGUCCUAUGAAAAGGACAUUGUGGUGCAAAUAUCUGCAGUAACAGCUUCAUCAUUCUCUGCCAUAACAUUAUUUAUAUUAGGGAACUUUAUUUAUUACUGGAACACCCCAAUUGUGAAAGCCAAUAACCGGGCUGUAAGCUUCAUUCUCCUGAUCUCCAUGUUGCUGAGCUUCCUCAGUGUGUUCUUGUUCCUUGGCCAGCCGGUGGAUAUAACAUGCAGACUCAGACAGACAUCAUUUGGGAUCUUCUUCUCCACAGCUGUCUCUUCUGUACUGGCCAAGACUGUCACUGUCUUCAUGGCUUUCAAAGCCACCAAACCCGGAAGCUCCUGGAGGAAGUGGGUCACACUCAAAGUAUCUAAACAUGUGGUCAUUGUGUUUUCCUCUCUCCAAGUUCUGAUCUGUGGUAUCUGGCUGACUGUUUCUUCUCCAUACCAGGAGUAUGACCAUCACUCCUAUAAGGGAAUGAUCAUCAUUCAGUGUAAUGAGGGGUCAGUGCUUGGGUUAUACUCUAUGUUGGGUUACAUAGGGAUCCUGGCAUCUGUGAACUUUGCUCUGGCUUUCAUGGUGAGGACAUUACCAGACAGCUUUAAUGAGGCCAAGUACAUCACCUUCAGCAUGCUGGUAUUCUGCAGUGUCUGGAUUGCAAUGAUCCCAGCCUAUCUGAGCACCAAAGGGAAAUACAUGGUGGCUGUGGAGAUAUUCGCCAUACUGACCUCAUGUGCUGGUGUUCUGGGCUGUAUAUUUUUCCCAAAACUGUAUAUUUUGCUUAGAAAACCUGAAUUUAACUCCAGAAAAACAAUACUGGGGAAAAAUACUAUAUAA